AUGAGACCAGAUGAGGAAAACGUCGGCGUCGGUGUUCCGACCCCCGGGUCCGCGGAUCUCGACGCCGAGAAAGACUUUGAGCGUCUGGGCCGUCAACGCCCGGCCGUUCUCCCGACGUGGGUCACCGAGGCGGCCUUUGUGUUUUCCAUAGUCGGAUCCAUGAUGAUGAGCGAGUUCUUUGUGUCCGGAUUCAACAUUGUCCUCCCGUCCGUGGCCACGAGCAUGCACAUGCCAGACUCGCUGCGGACCUGGCCGGCGGCCGUCAUCAACCUGACUACGGCGUGCCUCCUGAUGCCCUUCUCCCGACUGGUGGACCAGCACGGCGGACGGUCCGUCUGCCUGGGCGGUCUGGUCUGGCUCAUCAUCUGGUCCGUCGUCAGCGGCUUCUCGCGCAACCCGACCAUGCUGAUCGUGUGCCGCGCCUUGCAGGGCCUCGGUCCGGGUGCCUACAUGCCGGCCUGCCUGGCCCUCCUGGGACGCAUAUACCGCCCCGGCCCGAGGAAGAACUUCGUCUUCUGCCUGUACGGCGCCUUUGCCUGCUUCGGCUUCUACCUGGGCAUCCUGAUCGGCGCCGCGACCGCCCAGUACCUCAGCUGGAAGUGGUACUUCUGGGUCGGCGCCAUCAUGUGUGCCCUCGUCUUCGUCGCCGCCUACUUCUCUAUCCCGCGCAGCAUGGGCGACGUCGAUCCGGCCGCACGCAUGGACUGGUGGGGCUUCUGCACCAUCGUCCCGGGACUCACCCUCGUCGUCUUCGCCUUCACCGACGGCGGUCACGCGCCCCAGGGCUGGAAGACGCCGUACAUCUACGUCACGCUCAUCCUCGGCGUGCUAUUCCUCGCCGCAGCCGUAUACGUCCAGGGUUGGGUGUCGGAGCAGCCGCUGCUGCCGCCCGAGCUGUUUACCCCAAAGUACAUGACGCGCCUGUGUCUGGCGCUGUUCUGCUCUUACGCGUGGUUCACCCCUCUGGCGGUGGGUGGCAUGUUCAUCGCCGUCGGCGGUGGCUUCCUGCUGCACAUUCUGCCCAACCGCAUCCUGAUGCUCAUAUCGCAGGGGGGGUUCCUGAUCUCGGUCCUCCUCUUCGCCCUGGUCCCCUCGCGCGACGAGGAGACCGGAAGCCCCUCGCUAUCGUUCAUAUACUGGGCCUACGUCUUCCCCGCCAUGCUCUGCGGCACUAUCGGCAUCGACACGGCCUACAACAUCACAAACGUCUACAUCACCACGGCCAUGCCACACCGUCUGCAGUCCGCCGCCGGGGGCGUCAUCAACUCCCUCCUGUACCUGGGUAUGGCCUUCUGGCUAGGAGUCGGUGAGCUGGCCGUCAGCAGCACCAUCCUGUCUCAGGGCGAGGAGAAUGUGCCCAUAACCAAGCAGUAUCGCAUCGGCUUCUGGACCGGCGUUGCACUCUCCGGGGUCGGCACUCUGCUCAUCUCCACCGUGCGUAUGGGCAAGGCUAAGUCUGGCUUGACGGCUGACGAGAAGGCCCAGCUGGAGGAGGAUCGGACUGCCGCCGCCGCCGCCGCCGCCGCCGCCGCCGAGCUCAGGGGGGAGAACGUUCACCACCACACU